AUGCGGUGUCAUUACGAAGUACUUGGUGUUACACAAACAGCGACUGAUGAUGAUUUAAAAAAAGCAUAUAAAAAAUUAGCGUUACAAUGGCAUCCUGAUAAAAACCCUGAUAAAAUCGCUGAAGCAAAACAACGUUUUUUAGAAAUUCGAGCGGCUUACGAAGUUUUGUCUGAUCCAAGAGAACGUUCUUGGUAUGAUGCACAUCGAGAUGUUAUGCUUCAAAAAGCUUCGGGUGAUGAUUAUCAAGAUGAUGCCAUUAAUAUUUUUCCAUAUUUUACGUCCUCAUGUUAUCAAGGAUAUAAUGAUAGUGAAAAUGGUUUUUAUACAGUUUAUAAUAAAUUGUUUAAAGAUAUAGCAGAACAAGAUUUAAAAGCCUCAACUGAUAAAAAAAUUGAAAUACCAAAAUUUGGAAAUUCUGAAAGUGAUUAUGAAGAAGUUGUUGGCCCAUUUUAUGCAUAUUGGUCGAAUUAUUGUACAUUAAGAUCGUAUGUUUGGAAAGAAGAACAUGAUACACAUGAUGCUAUGGAUCGACGUGUUAGACGAUUAAUGGAACAAGAAAAUAAAAAAUUACGUGAUAAAGCAAAAAAAGAGCGUAAUGAAGAAGUUCGAGAAUUAAUUGCAUUUGUUAAAAAACGUGAUAAACGUGUUCAACUUCGAAAAAUAUAUAUUGAAGAACAAGCUGCACAAAAGAAAAAAGCUGAUACUGAAAGACGUAAUCGUGAAAAACAAAAAAAGCUAGAAGAAUUAGCACAAUAUAAAGAAUCCCAAUGGAUGUCAUUCGAAGAAUUUGAAAAACAAUUGGAUGAUUUAGAAAAAACAGUUAAAAAUAAUUUUCAAGAAUCAAAUCUAAAUGAUAGUAAAAUUGGAAAUGAUAAUGAUGAUGAUUCUAUGGAUGACAUAAAGGAAUUAUAUUGUGUUGCUUGCAAUAAAUCAUUUAAAUCCGAUAAAGCUUUUCUUAAUCACGAAAAAUCUCGUAAACAUAAAGAAUUUGUUCUCUUGGUGAAAGCACAUAUACAAGAAGAAAAUGAACAUUUAUCAUUAAAUACUGAAAAUCAAACGAAUAUAACCAACGAUGACUAUGAUCAAACUAUUGAAUUACCAACAAAUAAUCAAUCAAGUAAAUCGAAAAAGAAAAAAAAGAAACAACGGCGAAAUAAUAAAGAAAAUAGUUCAUCCGAUGAUGAUACGGAAGAAAUGAAGCAGCAGCUUGAAAAUGAAUUAGGGCCCAAAGAAAAUAACCAAGAAGAAGACGGACAAGAAGAAGAAGACGAAGUUUCUACGAUUCCAAAAAAAACUAAAAAGAAGAAAAAUAAAUCCACAAUGGACACAGCUGAUGGAGAUGAUGAGGUUUGA